CCUGGCCAGAACCAAAGAUAAAUUCAAACCUACAUUUUUUUUGUACAUUGGUCUCAAGACAGUCGUCUGGCAAAGUGACUUCCAAAAUGAAAGCUCAAUUUGUUCUCUUUGUCUUGGCCAGUGUGUCGUUCUAUGUCAACAGCGCCCCGGCCUCAGGCUGUGUGACUUCUAAUGGAAUACAAGUUGCAGAAGGCGCCACCUACAAGCCAACAGCUUGUGAGUUUUGUACGUGCAACAAUGGACGUCUGAUGUGUGCUAUCCAGGAUUGCGCCUUCCCACACUGUGAUACUUACAUUACUCCCCCUGGUCACUGUUGUCCAGUUUGUCAGAGCGGCUUUGGACCUGAAAUCGCAGUUUAAAACUUGUGAAUGAUGACGAGCUUUUGGUGAAACACUUGUUAAUGGAGUUUAAAAGUUUUAUAUGCAAAUGAAAUAAAACAUCUGUUGUAGA